AUGGUCGGGAAGGAUGGGACCAAGGUGGAGGCGGUGGCUGCAUGCCACACCGACACCGACGGAUUCAACCCCGAGCACGUCGCCUUUAAGGUGCUCAACGUCAAGCCCGGGACGGUGCCCAUCUGCCAGUUCCAACCCCAGAACGACAUUGUUUGGAGUCCCAACACAUUGAGCAUCUCGCCGCUGGAAAUGGUCGUUGAGAAUUAUGCAUACGCUGUGUUCCACUGCCACACGGCGUGCGCGGAGGCGUACAAGGUGUCGAUGGUCGGGAAGGAUGGGACCAAGGUGGAGGCGGUGGCUGCAUGCCACACCGACACGGCCGGAUUCAACCCCGAGCACGUCGCCUUCAAGGUGCUCAACGUCAAGCCCGGGACGGUGCCCAUCUGCCAGUUCCAACCCCAGAACGACAUUGUUUGGAGUCCCAACACAUUGAGCAUCUCGCCGUUGGAAAUGGUCGUGUGA